AUGACUUGGACGGAGAAAGACUUUAGCAGUCUCCAGAUAGCUGAGAGAGUUGCCUCAAUACUGUCUCUAGUUGGCUGCUUUUUUGUCCUUAUCACCUUUUGUUCCUCGUCCGCUUUCCACACGCCCAUUAGCAGACUCAUAUUUUACGCAUCGUUCGGAAACAUCCUCUCAAACGUUGCGACUCUAAUAUCGAGGCAGGGCGUAUUGGCAGGGCAAAAUUCGGUACUAUGCCAGCUGCAGGCAUUUUUUAUCCAGCAGUGGAUGCCCGCAGAUUCUCUGUGGUCCUUCUGUAUGGCUCUGAAUGUCUACCUCACGUUUUACAAGAGAUACACUACGAUACAGCUGAAGAGUCUCGAAUGGAAGUACUUUCUAGGGUGCUAUGGGAUACCACUGAUACCUUCCGUAACACUACUCUGUGUCAACAGUAAAGAGAGGGGCAAAAUCUACGGACCGGCAAUACUGUGGUGUUCUAUUGGCUCUAAUUGGCAGUUUCUGCGUCUUUUCUGUUUCUAUGGACCAGUGUGGCUCGCUAUCAUUGGGACCCUCGCCAUUUACAUCAUUAUUGGCCGCGGCAUCUUUCAACAACAACGAACUCUCAGAAGCUUUGUCGGGCCUUUACAAAACGCUUGUCCAGGUCUCAAUUCACACAAGAACACAAACGCGAUAAUAAUUGACGUUAUGAGUGGCGUCUCGACAUCCAAUUUCUCACAUCUCCGGGAGCAAAAUCAUGGCGAAUCAUAUCUACCUCCCACAAGGCAAUUCAAUCAAAUUUCUAUAAACACGAACUCUAUGGUACAAUCUCAACCUCACGGAGUAUCCACUGCAGAGUGUAUUACGAAUCGUACAUUAUGGUCCUAUUUUAGAUGCUCAUUCCUCUUCUUUAUAGCUCUAGUAGUCACUUGGAUUCCAUCAAGCAUCAAUCGGAUCUAUAGUAUCGCCAAUCCUGGUAGCUCGAAUUAUGGCUUGAACUUCGCUGGGUCCCUCGUGUUGCCCCUUCAAGGAUUUUGGAAUGCUAUUCUUUACAUUGCAAUCUCGACCUCCGCAUGCAAAGAGCUAUGG